AAAAUGUCACGUUCGUUCUUAGUAGACACGUUAAUCAGUGAACCAAACGAACGCAAGAAGAGUGAAGUGACCAGUCCCUUGCACAGUUAUAAUUUAAUGAGCCAAAUGGAUCCGCGACCAAAGAUUUUACCGUAUCCAUAUCCAUUAAACAAUUUGCUCACUCUCGGCUUACAACAGCAGAGAACGCCGGAUUUAUUCAGACCGUUUCUGGAACACCUGAAUUUUAGAUAUCCGCUCAUACAUCAAUUACCGCGACAACCAGAUUUCUACGAGCCGGCACAAAGUGAUCGCUCCUUCGAAGGAUACGUGAAAACUGAGGAAGAGCCAGUGAAUUUUGUGAGCAGAAGGAAGAAGUCUGUUUCGCCAUAUUUGCAUCAUCCGUACAAGGCGACCGCGACGUCACCGUCGAAGAGUCAAGGUCAGAGGUCACCAUCGCUGUCGAGUGAAAGUCGUAACGGUACUCCGAGCCCUCCGCUCGCUCACCCUGAAGAACUACUGCCCGGUUACUCUAAGGAUCUGAAGCGCGUGCCCCUCAAAGAAGAUUCUAGCAAGAGGAUCCGAACAGCCUUCACGGGCACACAACUUCUCGAAUUAGAAAGAGAGUUCUCGAUGAACAUGUAUCUAUCUAGAUUGCGGCGCAUUGAGAUUGCGUCCAGACUGAAAUUGUCAGAGAAACAAGUGAAGAUUUGGUUCCAGAACCGUCGCGUUAAGCUAAAGAAGGAAGAAACUCCGAUAUCCUCGGAUGGCAGGACGAAGAAGUGCUGCUGCACCAAGUCUUCUUGCUCCAAGAACUCCUUCGACACCUGUGACAAUGAACAAAUUGAUGUAGUUAGUGAUAAUGAUGCCAGUUAUGAAGCUCAGAAUCUAUCGCGAUAUUCUUGA